GGACUCACCCAAGCCCUGCUUCUCCUCCUGGGCUCUGGGGCCGCUCCUGAUGCGGGUUAAGCCGGAGCAGGAGGCGCGUGGGGAUGCGCCGGCCCUUCCCUGCUUGUAGAGACAGGAAUGCGUCCCGGUGCUGCUUUGUACAACUCACAGCUGUACAAAGGAGGAGGAGGAGGGGAUGGGAAGUGGAUGCCUCUCGCUCUCCAGACACAUGCUCCUUAAGAAGACAUGUCGGAGGCUAUCCAAUGCACUCUGGUGAACUGUAGCUGUCAACGCUUUAAACCAGGGAAAAUAAACCAGCGACAAUGUGAUCAGUGUCGGCAUGGAUGGGUAGCACACGCUUUAAGUAAGCUAAGGAUCCCAAAUCUCUGUUCAGCAAGCCAAGUGGAAAUCGUCCAGUCUAAUGUGGUCUUUGAUAUCAGUAGCCUCAUGCUGUACGGAACGCAAGCUGUUCCCAUCCGUCUCAAAAUCUUGCUGGAUCGUCUUUUCAGCAUCCUGAAACAAGAAGAGGUCAUACACAUCCUCCAUGCCCUGGACUGGACACUUCAAGACUAUAUUCGUGGGUAUGUCUUACAGGAUGUUUCUGGAAAGGUCCUGGAUCACUGGAGCAUCAUGACCGGCGAAGAGGAGUUGGCGACUUUGCAGCAGUUUCUACGUUUUGGUGAAACAAAACCCAUCGUAGAGCUGAUGGCAAUUCAGGAGAAAGAGGGGCAGUCUGUCAUCAUCCCAUCUGCGUCGGCUAACAUGGAUAUAAGGGCAUUUAUUGAAAGCUGCAAUCAGAGGAAUCUCACCCUGGACAAAAUUAACCCUGUGAACAUCCAUCACUUUGAAAACGUGGUGCACAACAUGGCUUUCAUGCUGCCUUUUCAGAUUUUCAGCCCUGUGCCGCCGCCUCUGAUAGGUUCACCUCCUGAGAGGCUUCUGAUAGAACAACCUCCGGAUAGCAACGAACCGAAGCCAGAUGUUCAUACACAGUUUUCAGAAAACAUCUUCUUGAUGCCCAAUUCUUCAUUUCAAGCUGAAAAGGAGACGGCUGCAACCAGCCCAGAUAUCAUGAAACCAGAGCAGGAUGUUUCCUCAAGAGAUCUGAGCUCUCCGAAUGUCGACUCAAGGCUCGAAAUGGGCCAGAUUUCCCCACAAAGUCAGGUGAAACCUAUUGAGAAAAAUGGAGCUGGAACAAGGAAAGGGCGUGUUUUUUGCACCGCGUGUGAAAAGACCUUUUACGACAAAGGGACGCUGAAGAUCCACUACAAUGCUGUCCACCUGAAAAUCAAACACAAAUGCAUCAUCGAAGGCUGCAACAUGGUGUUUAGCUCUCUACGGAGUCGGAACCGCCACAGCGCCAACCCCAACCCCAGGCUCCACAUGCCGAUGAACCGAAACAACCGCGACAAGGAUUUGAGGAAUGGGUUGACCGUCAACGCACUGGAAGAGAUCAAAAAGACAGAUUUUCCUUUAUUACCUCCAGAUAACAGAUCUGUUCCUAGCUAUGGAAGUUCUUGUAUUGAAUCAAAAGUGCAACCAAGUUUUCACGGUACCGGACAAAACGGCAUUCUCUUUCCAAACCUGAAGACGGUGCAACCAGUUCUUCCUUUCUAUCGCAAUCCGGUUGCUCCAGCAGAGUUGGCAAACACACCGGGGAGUCUUCCUUCUCUCCCUCUGGUUUCCUCCUCGACACCGGAACCAUUGGUUUUGAACGAAUCGCUUUUUGGGGUGCUGCCUAAGAAAAAGUCCCGCAAGUCUAGCAUGCCCAUCAAGAUAGAGAAAGGAGCCGCUGAAAGAACAAGAGGUGCCAACUUGGACGAUGACUUGCCUCCACAGGUGGUCAGCGAAGGGCAUGCGGAGAUGCAAAAGUCAAGAGGAGAACAUAAUGCAAACCAUUCAGCGAACAAGCAAUCCCAUUCAGAGAUAUCACGGAAAUCCUUUUCUGAGGUUGGAGAACCAAAAUCUUGCAAGUCAAAUAAUCUGGGCAUCAAAGCAGAUGAAUUGCAUCACCCCGAGAGAAAGGAUAAGCCAGAAAUAAGCAAAUUGUUACAAACAGCUUCGAGUGAAAAUGUAUGUCAAGAUCUAAAUCAGCAAAGUGAUGGCCUCCAAGCGGCCACCGAACCCCAUGACUGUAUUAAGGGGCAGUUGAAUUGCAAGGUUUUUGGGAAUGACUUCUCUGAGUUGCAGCUCCACUUGCUGCGUGGGAGUGGGUUCGGAGCCCUCUCCAGUGGGAGUGGGUUUGGAGCCUUGAAAGAGAUGGAUCAUGUCAAUCAACAUGCCCUGGGGCCUUCCAAGGGAGACAGUUGCUUCCACUGUGACAUCUGUAAGAAGACCUUUAAAACCCCUUACAGUGUAAAACUACAUUUCAAAAAUGUACACCUCAAAGAGAUGCAUAUUUGCACGGUGCAGGGUUGCAAUGCUGCUUUCCCUUCUCGUAGAAGCCGAGACAGACAUAGCUCCAACAUCAAUCUUCACCAUAAGCUUUUAACCAAAGAUCCCUUGGAAAUGAAGGAGAACUGCUUCAAUGAAACAUACCUCUUGAAGGACAUGGCGAAAGAGCCUGUCCCCGAUGACUCCUUGCAAAGAGACCUCAGGCAACAGACAUCUGUCAUCUUUAAAGGGAUGAACAAAACUGGCAGCCUGGUCUUCCCGAUGAGCAAGAUGGGGGAACCUUCUCCUUUAAGCUAUGGGUACGACCCAAUAAAUGAUGGGGCUGUUCUGGAUUUGAGCACUACAUCAAGCGUCAAGUCCGGGAGCAGUGACCAUUCUUGGGAUUCAGAUGGAGGUGAGGACAAUGAUCCCGGAGCUUCGGAAGACAGUGCUGAAAGCUGUGAAAGUAUCUGCUUAAUGCCAAAUGAAGACUAUUCUCUGAUAGACAACUCAGACCCAAGCUUCUCAAAUCUACCUUCCAGUUUGCCGAUUACCUGUGAUCUAUGCCAAAAAAGCUACAGCAACAAAGGGACUUUCAGGGCCCACUACAAAACUGUGCAUCUCCGUCAGCUCCACAAAUGCAAAGUCCCGGGUUGCGACACCAUGUUUUCUUCUGUUCGGAGCCGAAACCGGCACAGUCAAAAUCCCAAUUUGCACAAGAGCUUGAUCACGUCGACACACAGUCUGCAUUAACACCUCACUUCCAGAGCAGCUGACCUUCUACAGUCAAACAUUUCAGAUUUAUUUUAUUUUAUUGGGUAAAGGUGAUCUAAUGAGACCUGUCUUAUUCGCUGUGCUUCCAGUAUGUUUUACACUGAGCCCACCGGAAACACAAAGCAAAAUUCUGCUAUUCUUUGUCACUGAUUAAAAAUGUGCACAUUUUGCUUUUUUUUUUAAAGUAUGGCUUUCACCACUUAGUCAUAGAUGUUAAUAAUGCAAGAACAUUAAAAUGAGGGGAAGAUGAUGUUAUAAGCCAGGCAUGGGCAAACUUCGGCCCAUUACACACAGUGUACUAGGCAUGUCUGAUCAAUAAAAAAAAUGUUUCAAUUCUCGUUUCUAAAGUAGGGGGCGCUGGCGCUUCAAUGUAGAAAGUAUUUCCGAUUUUUUCACCCAAAACUUUCGGAUAUUUCUGAAAAUUCGUAAUGAUUCUAAAUGUUUCUAAAAUGGCGGACGCGCAUGCGCAAUCGCCAAAAAAAAGGAACCUGGGGGGGGACUUUUACAGGGCUCUCCCGCCCUCAUUUCUUGAGCUAUCCUCAUCAACCCUAGCCCCCACCUUUGCGUCCAUCGUGGAAGCUUCUGAUUGGCCGGGGAGCGGCAGCCAUGUUAGGCUGCUCUAAGCUCCCAUUCUAGGUAGGUUGCAGAAACAAAACAAAAAUUAAAUUUUUUUAAAAAUAUAUAUUUUAAAAAAUUUGGGGGGAAAAAUUAACAAAACAUUAAGAGACAAUUAGAGAAUGGGCCAACAAUGGUUCGAAUUACAUUGCCGGUUGCGCUGUGAGACAAUGUCUCGGAAUGCGUAUCAAAAAGCGAGAACAAUCCGAAAUAAUUCCGAUAUACGAUUCAAAACGAUUUUUUGGACAUGUCUACAGUGUACUUUUGUCCAUUUCUACAGUAAUCCUCUGGUUUCUGAGUUAACACACAGAUGCGUGUAGUCCCUGCCUACACCGAUUUCUUUCUUUCUUUAAUUGAGAAAAGGGGAACCUCAGAAUUGUGGAAGUCCAAAAUAUAGGUAUAGUAAGGAGGAAAAUAUAUCAACAACUAAGUGCUGAUAUAUUGAAACUGCGCAAUUGCUGAUGAAUAAAUUAAUUUUAAAAACUACCAUGAAAGAAUCAUGAUAGAGGAUUACUGGCAAGGAAAGGAGCAUCAAUACUCAUUUGGAGACUGCCCACAGGAACACCCACUCUUCAGUGUCACUAAAGCGAUGUCAUACAGGUGAAUAUGACCGAUCCCAUCCCAUGUUAAAUUAAGCACCUUCAGCCGUUUCCAUGCGAAUCGGGAGCUGUGAGGACAAUUACUCCUGACUCUAUAAUCCUCUAUUUCUACACACUUUUGAAACAGUUUACAGACAGAGCCCCACAGGCAACAGGCAGAAGUAGUUUUGCAUUCGUAUUAGAGUUGUGCAAUCCGGGUAAACCACGAGACGUUUCAUGCGGGAGCCCUGAUCCUUUAUUUGGGAGCCUCCCGAAUGCGGGAGGAUGGCUACAGCACGAGAAUUUUGGAUGAAUGGAUUUUAAUCAUAUGUUUUAUAUGUUUAUAUUGUUUAAAUUGUUUUAAUUGGAUUUUCCUUGCUGUUUUAAUUAUGUGUAGGCAUCGAAUUGUUGCCAAUUUUGUACGCCGCCCUGAGUCCCUUCAGGUGAGAAGGGCGGGAUAUACAGUAGGGUCUCACUUAUCCAAGCUAAACGGGCCGGCAGAAGCUUGGAUAAGCGAAUAUCUUGGAUAAUAAGGAGGGAUUAAGGAAAAGCCUAUUAAACAUCAAAUUAGGUUAUGAUUUUACAAAUUAGGCAUCAAAACAUCAUGUUAUACAACAAAUUUGACAGAAAAAGUAGUUCAAUACGCAGUAAUGUUAUGUUGUAAUUACUGCAUUUACGAAUUUAGCACCAAAAUAUCAUGAUAUAUUGAAAACAUUGACUAGAAAAAUGGCUUGGAUUAUCCAGAGGCUUGGAUAAGCGAGGCUUGGAUAAGUGAGACUCUACUGUACUGUGUUUCCCUGAAAAUAAGACAGUGUCUUAUAUUAAUUUUUGUUCCCAAAGAUGUGCUAGGUCUUAUUUUCAGGGGAUGUCUUAUUUUUCCAGGAAGAAAAAUUCACAUUUAUUGUUAAACAAAAAAAAAACAUUUAUUAUAUACUGUACAGUAGUUGUCAUCACAAAUCAGCAUAACCAGACAAACUGUGAAUCCUAUCAAGAAUUUCUUGUUACUACAGUAGAGUCUCACUUAUCCAACAUUCGCUUAUCCAACGUUCUGGAUUAUCCAACGCAUUUUUGUAGUCCAUGUUUUCAAUACAUUGUGAUAUUUUGGUGCUAAAUUUGUAAAUACAGUAAUUACUACAUAGCAUUACUGCAUAUUGAACUACUUUUUCUGUCAAAUUUGUUGUAUAACAUGAUGUUUUGGUGCUUCUUUUGUAAAAUCAUAACCUAAUUUGAUGUUUAAUAGACUUUUCCUUGAUCCCUCCUUAUUAUCCAACAUAUUCGCUUAUCCAACGUUCUGCAGGCUCAUUCAUGUUGGAUAAGUGAGACUCUACUGUACCAUUAUUUCCAUGUACAACUGAUAUGUACAUUUACCAAUCCUGCAUGCUCUGGUGUUCUGUUUGGCAGGUGCUGGGCAUGCUUCCAAACAAAAACUUUACUAGGUCUUACUUUCGGGGGAGGCCUUAUAUUUAGCAAUUCAGCAAAACUUUGACUAGGUCUUAUUUUUCGGGGAUGUCUUAUUUUCGGGGAAACAGGGUAAAUGUUGGAAAUAAAUAAAAUAAAUAAAUAUCUGUUUUUACUCUGGGGGUACCGAAAGAGCUGUUUUCUAUCAGCCCAGGGUGACUCUCCGUCUCCGCACACCCCACCCACUGUCCCUCCGGUUUCCAACUCCCAGUCAGUCCCACUAAAUAAAAGAAUCAGGAAAAUUAAGGAAAAUCAAAAAGAUUCAACUGUGAUGCCAAAUAGGGGAGGAGGAGCCAAGAUCAGUUCCCGCUUGCUUUCGUGUCAGGAGGGUUUUCGUACCGGGUACUAAAGGUACCGAAGAAAACGGAUGAAAUGGGGAUACGAAAUCCAUGCACAACCCUAAUUCGUAUAAUAGACUCCGUGGGACUCUAUCUGUAAACUGUUUCAAAAGUGUGUAGAAAUGGAGAUCCUGCGAUUUAUGAGGUCCUGAGAGCCUACUGUAUUAAGAUUGGAGCAUUAAUGACGAGAAACAGAAAGCUGUCAUCCAUAAAUGGCAUCCCUGUGUUACAUUUCCCCUUUUCUCUCUAUAAUGUGUAGUGAAAUCUUGUUAUAUAUCCUGAUGCCAUCAAGUUGUGUUUUGUUCCAUCUCUACAAAUGGUUGCCACGAAAUGUUAGCAAAUUUGCACGUGGGCAGAGUUAUCAACAAGAGCGUUGGGUUUCAUGUAACAUUUAGCUCUGCCUCCAGGUUGAUCUUACAGUAUUAUCGUGUACUUUCCGAUUGUGUUUCUUUCUGCAAUCGGUUAUCCAGUGCCAGAAAUCAAAGCCACUAAUUUGAGAAGACAAAGCAUCACAUUCUGGAGGUCUUGAUAAGUUUUUUUAAAUUUAAUCACAGAUCAUAUUAAAAUUGUUGCUACAUUUUGGCUACUUUUGAAAAAUGCAGGGUCUUUUUUAAACGCAUGUAAAUGUUUAUAUCUCAGUGAACAAUGGAGCUGGCUCUAAGGCCCCAUCUAUACUGACCACAUAACCCAGUUUCUGAAUGGAGUUUAUCUGCUUUAAACUGGAUUAUAUGAGUCUACAUCAGGCAUGGGCAACUGCCAGCUGUUAGGAAUUGUGGGAGUUGAAGUCCAAAACACCUGGAGGGCCCAAGUUUGCCCAUGCCUGGUCUACACUGCCAUAUAAUCCACCUUAAAGCAGAUUCAAAAACUGGAUUAUAUGACAAGGUAGAUAGAGCCUGAGAUGGAUGUGCAAACUGCAUAACACUGACGCUGCUCAGCAGUUCAAGCCUCCCAUAUUACUUAAAAUACAGUAGAGUCUCACUUAUCCAACAUAAACGGGCCGGCAGAAUGUUGGAUAAGCAAAUAUUUGGGUAAUAAGGAGACAUUAAGGAAAAGCCUAUUAAACAUCAAAUUAGGUUAUGAUUUUACAAAUGAAGCACCAAAACAUCAUGUUAGACAACAAAUUUGGCAGAAAAAGUAGUUCAAUACGCUGUAAUGCUAUUUAGUAAUUACUGUAUUUAUGAAUUUAGCACCAAAAUAUCAUGAUAUGUUGAAAACAUUGACUACAAAAAUGCGUUGGAUAAUCCAGAAUGUUGGAUGAGCGAGUGUUGGAUAAGUGAGACUCUACUGUAUAAUGAAAAUAUCAGUCCCAAAGAAUUGUUUUCAAAAAACCAGAAAACAUUCCUUUGAUAUUUUGGUUAAAGAACUCUCCGUUAACUUCAGGGGCUUUUGAAAAACAUGUGAAUAUAAUAAGUAAAAGCUAGUAAAAUGCUUCCAAAGACUUUUGAACUACAGUAGAGUCUCACUUAUCCAACGUUCUGGAUUAUCCAACGCAUUUUUGUAGUCAAUGUUUUCAAUACAUCAUGAUAUUUGGGUGCUAAAUUCGUAAAUAUAGUAAUUACUACAUAGCAUUACUGUGUAUUGAACUACUUUUUCUGUCAAAUUUGUUGUAUAACAUGAUGUUUUGGUGCUUAAUUUGUAAAAUCACAACCUAAUUUGAUGUUUAAUAGGCUUUUCCUUAAUCCCUCCUUAUUAUCCAACAUAUUCGCUUAUCCAAUGUUCUGCCGGCCCGUUUACAUUGGAUAAGUGAGACUCUACUGUAUAAUGAAAAUAUCAGCCCCAAAGAAUUGUUUUCAAAAAAAAAAGAAAACAUUCCUUUGAUAUUUUGGUUAAAGAACUCUCCGUUAACUUCAGGGGCUUCUGAAAAACAUUUGAAUAUAAUAAAUAAAAGCUAGUAAGAUGCUUCCAAAGACUUUUGAACUACAUGCAGGGCAUUUUUUUGUAAUGCAAUCUGUAUUUUUUUUGUGUUGUUGCUACCUUGAGAACAAGUUACUUUCUGAAAAAGAAGAUAACGGCAGCAUUUUUAAAACAUUGGACAGGAAACAACAUGAGAUCGGUGAAUGGGGUGGAAGCAUUCAUAUGUUGCUCUGUAUUUCAGAUUUGUUUUGUCACUGUUGUUUAUCACUAAAAGGGGAAAUGCUUGUCUUUGUUGUGACAUGAAAACGAGAGAACUGGUUUGGUUAACACUCCCUUUGAAACGAAAGCAGUGGUUGGUAUAAAUGUAAUAAUAAUGUUGAAUAUCCUUGUCACUGUACACACACCGGUGUUCUGCAUUAUGUUCUAUUAUGCACUUAAUGAAAUUGGUCUUAGGUUGUAUUUUUUAUAAAAAGAAAAACAUUUAUGGUAUAAGUAGUGAUCAUGUCAUAGCAUUACUCUGUUUGUGUCCUUGAUGAAGUGGCUUUAGAUAGCUUCUUUUCAUUGAUUCAACGGUCAUAUUAUUUGUAUUCAAAAUUUCCGUCUGUUGUGAUCCCUAUGCAUGGCAGUGACGGCACCUUUUGUACAUACAAGGCCAAAGUGUUGAGAGUAUUUUGCAAUUCCUAGGAUAUUGAACCUUUCCUUCGGAAGUUACAAUUUAGCUCAGUUUUUGUUUUCUCCGUACUCUUUAUCAUGUGAUGGUGACUAUUAGUGAGAGUUACAUCCUGGACCUGGCAGGUGUUAGGAAUUUUAUGUGUUAGGGAAAACUCCCAAAAAUACAGCAGAGCAUCCAAUAAUACAAAAGCAGGAUAAUUAUAGUUGAGCAUUCAGCUCACAGCAAGCAGAGUGUGAAGUGUCAUGUGGCUGUAAAGAAUUUAGAGCUUAGGAGGCAAAGAUCCAACUGAUAUUGGAAAGGUUACUUUGGGAAUUACAACUCUCAGAAUUCUGCAGAUGAAUUCGAAAGGAGUGUCCUAACCAAGUAACUUUUUAAAUCUAUAACAAAAAGGGUCCGCUCAUUGUUCAGUUACAUUUGUGACAUCCUGUUGAAGUAAAGGUGGCUGGUUGGCAAACUGCAGUCUGUGAUAUUUUCUUCCAUUUAGUUCACAUUCUUUUUCAUAUUUAAUAGUAUUAGCAGUAGAAAAGUGGUUGCUGAAUUUUAUUUCAACAUGAAAGAAAUGUGUGCUGUAAAUGAACGUUGUAAUGCCCGCCUCCUUUGGGUUUCAUUUCCACUGUUCCCACAAAGUAAUACUAUUUUGUAUUUCUUCAGAAUUUUCUAUGUGUUAAUAAAAAAUUUACUGUUAAA